AUGGAUGGCUUCAAUGGAGAUCUAUGCCUUGGACUUCGACAUGAAGUAAAUGUAGAUGUUCGAGCCUACUACGAAAUGCUCGAAAAUGAUGAUGAGGGGACAGCGUGUCGUCAUCCGAGUAACGACCAGGAACAAGAAUUCAACUGUCGUAGUCGUUGUCGACUUCACCUGAUUCGGGAAAUUUACAACUGUACAGCUCACUCAUUGUCAUACUUGGCCGAUAAAGAUUAUGAUGGAUAUUCACCAUGUGACUACACCACUGAUGUUGAACGGACAGAGAAUACAAACUCUACCGAUGAAGAAUGUCUGAAGAGUUGUUAUCGGAACUGCAAGCAAAUACGAUUUCGAGUCGAUCACGAAAUCAAGGGACCCAUGUUAAACAGCAAUUUAACAAUGGUAACGUUGAACUGGCGCUCUUUUGAAUAUUUGUCGCUAGAACAAAACAGGGUUUAUACGGUGACAAGUUUUAUCGCCGAGAUUGGCGGAUCAAUUGGUGUUUGGUUGGGACUUUCCGUUUUGAGCUUGAUCCAGGUCAGCCAACAUUCAAUUCAGGAUUUACUACUUAGGUAUACCUCAAACAAGCAAUCUUUACAGAACGGUUCCUGUUUCGUUGCAAAUUUGUCUCAUUCACAUAAAAAUCGGAAUUUAUAA